GCUUGAGGUUGCCGAGGUUCUGGUAGCUAAUUUAUAAAGAAGUGUAUACUUUUUAGAUACGAUCAAUAUUGUUAAAAUGGUAAAAUAUAAUAUGGAAAGCCUUAAAUAUUGGUUUAAAGAAUGGAGAAAAAAUGAUCGGUCAACUAAAGGGGUUUCUGUAUAUAUUCCAAGCCACUUUAGCUUCAGAGCUUUGUUUAAUUUCAUAGGCCCGGGAUUGCUAAUAUCUAUAGCUUACUUGGAUCCAGGAAAUUUAUUAGCGGAUAUUCAAGCCGGAGCUUCUUUCAAUUAUAGCUUAAUCUGGGUUCUCUUCUGUUCAACAUUUCUAGGUUUCUUAUUGCAAAUAUUAUCAGCACGGCUGGGAAUUGUUACUGGAAAGCAUUUAGCUUUGGUGUGCAGAGAAGAGUAUGGCGAUCGCACUUUCCUGACGAUCUGUUUGUGGCUUGUGUCAGAGAUUGCAGUGAUUGCCUCUGACAUCCCGGAGGUUGUGGGAAGUGCAUUUGGGUUGAUGCUCUUGCUCGGGACGCCCCUUUGGCUUGGGGUGCUGGUGGUAAGCUUAAACACUUUUGUUUUUCUCGGGAUCCAAUAUUUUGGCAUACGAAAGCUCGAAUAUCUUAUUUCCUUUUUGAUCAGUAUCAUUGCAGGCUGCUUUUGCUUUGAAGCUUUGAUAUCGCCCAUCGAAUACGGAAUAGCAGAGUGUCCUUCAGAAAGCGAAUGGAAAUCCCUUUUAAACUGUACUAACUCCACGCUUUGCCCCCCGAAUUACUGCGGAUCGCUUUGGGGUGGCUUUAUCCCCCGUUUUUUUAUUGAUCAGCAAAUGCUUUUCAUAGCAACCUCUUUGAUUGGAGCUGUAGUGAUGCCGCACAAUUUGUUUCUCCACUCAGCGCUGGUUCUCAGUCGAAAAAUCGAUAGAAGAAACCCUGAGGAGGUUGGUUGGGCCGAUUUCUACAGCAUGCUGGAAUGCUCUUUAGCUAUUGGGAUUUCAUGUUUUAUUAAUCUUGCGGUCACUAUGGUGGCCGCCUCCGUAUACUAUCCGAGCAAGAGCAACGGCUAUCGCGUGCCGCCGAAUCUGGGGGAAAUCGGUUUUUUGGAGGCGGGCUCUUUGCUACAGUCGGCGCUGGGAAGAAAAAUUGCUCCCGUCUUGUUUGGGGUUGCCCUCCUAGCGUCAGGCCAAAGCUCAACUGUUACGGGGACGUACGCCGGACAAUUCGUUAUGGAGGGAUUCAUCGAUAUUAAAAUUACUGCGUGGCUUCGCAACAUUCUUACUCGGUGCCUGACUGUCAUCCCGAGCUUGACCAUCUGUCUUCUUAAUGGAAAAGACGGCGCAAACAGACUAAUCAUUGCCUCUUCCGUAGUGUUGUCGUUCCAGUUACCGUUUGCUCUGAUUCCUUUACUAAAGUUUACUUCGAGCGAAAAGAUUAUGAACGUGCACAAGAACUCCAAAGCGAUGAAAAUCACAUGCGUUGUCCUUGCGGGUAUCGUGCUGUUUGCUAACUUUGCAAUGAUCUACUCUUCAGUUAUCGUUUCUUUGAAAGCGUCUUUACUCAGUGGGCUUGCUACAGUUGUAUACUUUGGAUGCAUUUUGUACAUUGCAUGCAGACCCGUUUCGCUCGGGCCAGCUGGUAGUUACAGCGCUCUCAAUGAAGCCACGGAGAUUUUGACGGAGAGCUUCGGGUCUUCAGCUGAUUCAUCUUCGGGGACUUGAACGGGAGCCGUAAAAUAUUUAAUUAGAGCGCUCGUCAGCUACACCAGCUUAUACCUGCAAACUUGUUUGGUUGAAUUCCCUCAAAACUUAC